AUGAAUGCAGAAGCCCAAGGCUGCCUUGCUGAGCAACUCCACUUGGCGCUUUGGUUUUACAAGUUCAUCCAAACCAUGGUCUUUGCCAUCAAAGAGAUUAACCAGGAUUCAAGCCUAUUGCCCAACAUCACUCUCGGCUUCCAGAUCUUCGAUUCUUGCCAGAUUCUUUCAAGAGCCCUUUUGGGUGCCACACAGUUUCUUGCGGGCGGUCAAAACCCCAUCCCCAACUUUCACUGCGGCCACACCCCGCCUCAAGCUGGUCUUAUAGGAGAGGCAGGCAUAACUGAGUCCAGGACGAUAGCUAGGUGGUUGGAUCUCUAUAAAUACCCCCAGAUCAGUUACUUUGCCACGGGCCCGGUGGCCGACGACGGCUCUCAGUUUCGCUCUUUCUUCCGCACUGUCCCCAGCAGCAGGCUGCAGGCCCUCGGCCUAGCUCGGCUAGUGACCCACUUUGGCUGGACGUGGGUCGGCCUGCUCACGACGGACUCCGAAUACGGGAAGCAAGGCAUCGAGAUUGUGCGGGAGGAGAUUGUCCGGAACGGGGCGUGCGUUGCCUUUUCGGAGCUGCUUGACAAACCACCGGACACGGGCAACGUCGAGAGAGUCGCCAGAAGGGUCGCAGGAUCCAAGAGCCAGGUCAUCGUCACCUUCUGUGGGUCCGAGGCUCAGCCUCUGCUGGUCCUGCUGCACAGCCAGGGGGUGAAGGGGAAGGUGUGGCUCUGCUCCGAAGCCAUGAGCCACAUCACCUUCUACAGGAACCGGCAGGCCUUGCUGAUGCUCAGCGGUUCGCUGGCCAUCUCCUCUCGCAAACAGCCAGUCCCCGGCCUGAGGGACUUCGUAAUCCGGCUCCACCCUUCCGCUUCGCCAGAAGACAUCUUCAUCCAGGAGUUCUGGGGCGAAGUCUUCCAUUGCUGGUGGGACGCGAGCUCCAAGGAGGGGGGAAACAAAAGCAGCCACUCCUGCACAGGGAAGGAGAACUUGGGGGACGGCAGGAACUCCUUUGUCGGCAUGAUGGGGUUCGGCUUGUCCUUCAACAUCCACAACGCGGUCUAUGCCAUCGCCCACGCACUGCACGACAUGGCGCAAGAGGAGCCAAGGGGCCUGAAGAGGACCGAAGGGAGAGUUCCUGGGAUCGAGCCCUGGAAGUUGCUUCACUACUUGAGGAAAGUCCGUUUCAAGAACAAGGUGGGCGAGGAAGUCUCCUUUGACCAGCACGGUGACCCCCCUGCCCUCUUCGAUGUCCUCAACACACGCUUGCCUUCCACGAAGCAAUUCCAAGCUGUGCCAGUGGGGCAGAUUGCGUUCAGCCCCUCGCAAGGCGAGGAACUGAAGGUGGACGACAGCGCCAUCAUGUGGACAGGAGGGAAUACACAGGUCCCUGUCUCAGUCUGUACACCGAGUUGCCCCAUGGGCCACUACAAAACCCAGCGCUCAGAUAUGGCUACUUGUUGCUUUGAAUGUGUGCCGUGUGCAAGCGGGGAAAUUUCAAACCAGACCGAUUCUUCCGCCUGCUCAAGGUGCCCCGAAGACCAGUGGCCUGGUGCAGGGCAGACACAAUGUGUACCCAAAAGGGAGCUUUUUCUCCAUUUCCAUGAGCCUCUGGGGGCCGGUCUGGCCAGUGCCUCCAUCUGCGGCUCCCUCUUGCCCGUCUUGAUCCUCGGCCUCUUCGUCACUCAUCGGGGGACCCCUCUGGUCCGAGCCAACAGCCGGGAGCUCAGCUACCUGCUGCUGGCAGGGCUGGCACUCAGUUUCCUCUGCUGCCUGCCGUUCCUCGGGCGGCCCACGCCUCGGUCCUGCUUGUGGCGCCAAGCUGCCUUUGGGCUGACCUUUGCCCUCUGCCUCUCCUGCAUCCUGGCCAAGACAGCGAUGGUGGUGGCAGCCUUCAGGGCCACCAGCCCCGGCAACCCCGCGAAGCUGUGGCUCGGUUCCAGGACGCCCCGUGCCGUGGUCCUGCUGGGCUGCCUGCCCCAGCUUCUGCUGUGCGCCACGUGGCUGGCCACCUCCCCUCCCUCCCCUGGGAGAGAUGCUCACUCCAUCCCUCACGCCAUAUCCCUCUUCUGCGACGAAGGCUCUCCCAGUGCAUUCUGGGGCAUGCUGGCUUACCUGUGCCUGCUGGUGGCGCUCAGCUUGGCCGGGGCCUUCCUGGCGCGGAAUCUCCCCGACGCCUUCAACGAGGCCUGGCUCAUCUGUUUCAGCUUGUUGGGGUGCCUUGGGGUGUGGCUGGCCUUCGUCCCCGCUUACCUCACUUCGAGAGCGUGGUACACGGCAGCCACAGAGGCCUUCGCCAUCCUAGCCUCCAGCUCAGCCUUGCUCUGCGGCAUUUUUUUCCCCAAGUGCUGCAUCUUGUUGUGGCACCCUGAGCUGAACACCAGGAGGUUCCUCAUGAGAAGGGAAACGCACGCCAGCACUUAA